CUUUGACUGCAAACCAAGGAGAAGAAGAAUGCAACCGCAGCAUCAUAAAGACUUAUCUGUUGUAGCUCAGCUUUUUCGUUUAAAACCUCUGUUUAUAACAAAUAAAAAAACAUGUGUUCGUCUGAUAAUUUGAGGGAGUUUGUCAUCGAUCGGCUAACUGCCGCUGCUGAAGACAUUUUUGGAGUUUUUAAAAGAACCAUCGUCGAGUACGAGGAAGAGAUCGAUCGACAGCGUAGACUGUUGGAUAUCGGUUGGAAACCUCACAUCAACUUGCACAGAAUAGAUGUCCCACAGCAACAUGAGUGUAAAGAGGAGGAAGUUGUGGCUGACCGACAGCUCUGUAACCAGGAGAGGAACUUCAGUCUGGACCAAGAGGAGCCAGAGCCUCCACAGAUUAAGGAGGAACAGGAGGAACUCUGCAGCAGUCAGGAGGGAGAGGAGAUCAUAGUGAAGCAGGAGACUGACACAUUCAUGUGGACUCCUACUCAUGAGGACAGCUACUGCAGUGAACCGGAACAACAAAAUGAACAGCAGCCCUCCUCUGAUAACUCCCAUGUUCCUGAGAAUCAAGAUCCCCUAGGAAGUGACAGCGAAGAUUCAAAAUCAAGUGGAACACCAGAACCAACACAAAAGAGAAGACGUAAGAAGAGAAGAACUGAGAAAACUAAAACAACAGAGGUUGAUUAUAAUCCUCACCAAAGUCAAAUAUCUUUCAAAUGUGCCACAUGUGGGGAAGAGGUUAAGAACAGAUCAGAAUUGCAGAUACACCAGCGUGUCCAUGAUGGUAAAGAGUUACAUUCAUGCAACAUUUGUGGGAAAAUGUUCAGCUUCAAGUCAGAUCUGACUAGACAUACAAGAUCCCACACAGGUGAGAGGCCUUUCUCCUGCAGCACAUGUGGGAAAGGAUUCUUUCAGAUCUCAAGCUUGAAUAUCCAUAACAGAAUUCACACAGGUGAAAAGCCAUUCUCCUGCGAGACAUGUGGCAAAUCUUUUGGAGAUAAAGGUGACUUGAAAAGUCAUAGGAGGAUACACACAGGUGAGAGGCCAUACUCCUGUGCUAUAUGUGGGGCAACAUUUACCCAGAGUAGUAAUCUGAACAAGCACAGAAGGAUUCACACAGGUGAGAAGCCAUUCACCUGUGAAAUAUGUGGCAAAUCUUUCGGAGAUAAAUCUGAAUUGAAAAUUCACAUGAGAAUACACACAGGUGAAAAGCCAUACUCCUGUGCUAUCUGUGGGGCGUCAUUUACCCAGAAAAAUCAUUUGAAUAAGCACAAAAGGAUUCACACUGGUGAAGAAAUAUAUUCCUGUGAAACAUGUGGCCAACUUUUUAAAGUAAGAGAAGAAUUGCAAGUCCACAUGAGAAUACACACAAGUGAGUGGCCUUUCCCUUGUGUUACAUGUGGGGUAACAUUUGCCCAGAAAGAUCAUUUGGAUAUGCACAAAAGAAUUCAUACAGGUGAAAUACCAUAUUCUUGAAAAGAAUGUGAUAGGUCUUUCAUAGAUGGUUGUGUCUUUGCAGUUCAUAUGAGAAGAGCUCACACAGGUGAGUGUCCAUAUCUUUGUAAGACCUGUGGGAAAAAAAUUCUUUAACAGAUCUAAUCUUACACAACAGCUGAAAUCACAUGCAGACAAGCAGGUGUGUGUUCACAGAUGUGGUGGAGAUGAUUGAGUUCCAGCUAUAGCUGCAUCUCUGUAUGAAAUACAAAAGAGUUUUCUUUUGAGAGGAGGUUCACAUUGUCUUAGUUUAAAGAUGCAGCUCAGUUUCAACGUUUCGUGCCAGGAUAAAUGCCGAAUUAUAGAUUAUACCUAUAAGUGAGCAAAUCCUUUGAAAGUUUUCUUGUAAUGUGACAGCCAUUGAAGAACUGAUUACAGUAAAAUUUUAGAUUUGAAAAUUGCCUUGUGUAUUUCAGACACUGAUAUGCAAUCUUUCCCUGAAGUCUUUAGGGCCAUAGUUUAGGUCAUUCAAGUGUGCUGAAUGGUUGGUUGGGAUGUGUUUACAACAUAUUUUUGCACAAUUAACAAAUACGUUUUUAAAAAUGUUAUUUAUUUUGUGUAUGUGUGAACAAGAUAAACUUCUUAAACUCAGCUUUUUCACAGUUAAAAUUUGAACAGUAUGAGAAUAAUCUCAAAUGGCCUGGAGAUUUAAUCCUGCAGAGCACAUGGAUUUGUCAAACACCAUGUCUGUCACAUAUUCAGGCAAUGGAUAUUUGAAACCAUCUAUCUGGCAUGUCAGGGCACUCAAGAUUACUAUUACAUUGUCUGAUGCCAUUUGACAUAAUGGAUUAGUGGUUGUUUUAAUUGAUCAGUGAGCCCAAAAUGAUUCAUCCAGUCCACCAUCACAUGUAAAAAUAAAACAUGAGGUUAGUUUUGUUGAUGUAUAAUCUACAGUAUUAUUUCUGGCCUUUGCAAAAACAUCAAUAAUAGAAGGUUAGCUCUAAACUUUGUUCAAGGACAUGAUGUGUAUGAAUUUUUAAGGUUGUUUUAUUCAUGUUAGAUUAUUCUAUUUCCUUUUUAUUUCUAAUGAAUUCAUGCAAUAUACAUCAAACUGUCAGACACUGUAUAAAAGCAAUA